AUGUCUGAGCUAAUUCCAUUACCAGAAUCUUUGAAAGAGGCUAUCGAUCCUUAUUUGCCAACAGAUAUUUCUCAUCACAAUGCUAAUAAUAACUGUGGGAGUGAAGGCGAUGAAAUUCUCGACGAUAAUAAUAGACCAUUGCCUUUCAUCACACUAACGUUUGCUCAAUCAUUAGACUCUCGAAUCUCAUUAGGAGAAGGAACUCAAACCAAAUUGUCUCAUUUGCAGACAAAAACGAUGACACACUACUUGCGAUACAAUCACGAUGCAAUUCUUAUCGGAAUUAACACCUUUCUAACAGACAAUCCUUCUUUAAACUGUCGAUAUAAUCCGGAAAAUGUCCACCCUAUCAGACCUAUUAUAAUCGACCCCAAUAUGAAAUCCUGUGCUGCAAACAACUACAAUUUCUCAAAUCUAAACCAGUUGGCCUCCAAAAACAUGGGAUUGUCGCCUUACAUUAUAGUGUCGAUGCUAACCUAUCUCAAUCUCAAAUCCGAUAUUGAUCAGUUGAACAAUUCACACUCAGGUCCCACAAUAAUCCCAAUCAACACAACUAAAGUCAAAUACUCUAAUAACAUAGAGCUAUUUGAUUGGCCCCAUCUUUUCUCUCUUUUGAAAAAUCAUUAUCAUAUAAAUAGCAUCAUGAUCGAAGGCGGUGCUUUCGUGAUAAACAACCUUCUAUCCUACAACUUCAACCUAAUCAACUCUUUAAUUAUAACAAUAGCCCCCGUUUAUUUAGGCAAAAAUGCAAUCCAAGUCUCUCCGGAUUUUCAUUUAUCCCUAUUGAACAACCAUAAUACCAACGACCGAAACAAUUUGACUUGGUGGACUGGUAUUCAAGAUUCGGUUCUAAUGUUCAGAAAUAAGUAA